AUGCCUACAAAGAACAAUUAUGCAUCUACCAGCGCACCUGAUUCUAUGCCAUUUCCUAUCGAUUUUGAUGCUACCACGAUUCAACAAAACAUUAAAAACUAUUUAAUACCUUACUUUCACACAAUCUGCAAGUUUUUGGUCUACCAUUAUCGACUCCAUACACCCGACUGGUUGCAAACUCGAGGCGAUGUAAUUCACGAGUUCAUAAGAAGCCAUCAGUUGUUGAGCGACUAUUUGUUGUCGUUCGCGUUUUGGUAUAGUUUGCCGCUUUUGUGGUUUUUGGUUUGGUCUGUUGGCGGAUUUUUGAUUACCGCGAUUAUUGGAGUCACAAUGUUUGUAAUAACAAACGGAUUUAUCAUAGGUUCGGCGUCUAUAGUUGUAACUCCGUUUUUUAUAUUUGCUAUAAUGGCUAGUUUUAUGACAACCUUUGCUAUUUCGGUGGGCAGAGCUGCAAUGAGUGCUACAAAUUUUUUUGUGAGACGAAGUAAUAAUAAUGGAUGGCUUGGUGGUAAAAUUAAGUUUUCACCCUCAAUUAAUAAUAAUAAACUUUUUGUCCACGUUAGCUAUGCGAUUUGA